GGCCACCUGCAUGCAUCGGCACGACCUGGGAUCCUGCCCCGAGCAGGCGGAGACGCUGGCCGUGAACGCUGGAUUGUUGGCGGAGCAGCUGUACAACACCGAGACGAAGGCGUUCCACUGCGUCAGGUACGGCGACCUGCCCAGCCUUGCCUCGGGCCUCGCAGCGGCGCUGACCGAUGAGAGGGAACCGCUCUCAAAGGCGGAGGCCGCGAUCCAGGGCGCGUGGAUGGAGUCGAACGUGGGCGCGCACGAGCACCACGACCCCAAGGCGGACGAUAAGGAAGUCAAGGACUGGGCCGAGCAGAUGAGGGCGCCACUGCGGGCCAUCGACGUCAUGUGCAAGGGGUCGCACGAGGCGGCGGGGUCCCCAGACAUGCACGCGCCGCCGGCGGAGCCUGGGGCGAGGCGCCCGACGCCGCGCCCGAGCCCGUACAUCCAGCAGCUGCUCCGCGGCAUCCUGCCCCCGACCGCGCUGCAGAGGGCCGAGCGCCGGGCCAGCGCCCCGUAGGCCCGAGCCGGCAGCGGCGCCGCGCCCACGACGCCGGGGGACGCCCCUGCGCACGGCGAGGCCGGGCGCGGCGGGCCCCGAGGCCUGGGCCGGCAAGUAGAUCUUUCAUCCCGAGUCGUUUGCCGAUGGUCCCGGGGCCCAGCGAGGGCCCCCUGAGGCCGAGCACAGCCGAGGAUGCUCCCUCGUGAUGUCUUGCUUCGACGCGAGCAUGUUUGGGACGGCUUGGCCAGGGGUCGGCGUCAGUGUGCGGUUGGCGUGUCCCUGCAGCUCUGAGCGAGGCCAGGGCGCAGACGGCCGCAGCGGCGCCGAUGCGCCGUGAUCGGCCGGCCGCCUCGAGGGACAACGGGGGGUACAGGAGCCCCAAACAUGCUCGCGCCUUGGCAAAACACGACGGGAAGGUCUUGGCCGA